GUUUUGAUUAUUUUAUUCCUAAAUGCAGACCGGUUGAAUCCGUUUUGUUUCCCACCUUUAUGUUUCUUAAAAAAAAUAAUGUUUUCUUUCCUUCUCCCUCACACACUAUCGCAAUCAUUAUAUCCUUGCUUUACAUGUCUGUUUGUUUAUUUAUGUAUUUUCUUGUUGACUAUGCAUGAGAGAAUUAAAGCUGUAAAGAUCAGAUUGGCACAUUUAUUUAUCGUUCUCUCACAGCAGACAGGUGCAACAUGUGGCAGUCUGUUUUUGUGUUUUUACCUGCUCCUUCACACCUUCCAACACACACUGUCACCCACAGGCGUUGAAGUUUACUCAUCCCUAACGGCCUGAAAAUAACUUGGCUCUAAUUGACAAGUGCUCACUGUCCCUGUGGUUAGCUAUAACUGAUGUGCUGUCUGUCGAGCUCUAAUGAGUAGCUACAGUGUGCCAUCCCAUCUGCCUUUCAGCCAGCAGCUUGUUAUUUAAAGGUGAACGGUGCCUGCUGCAGGGGGCCAUUGUCUGUAGGACAGAAGAGAAGAAGAAGAAAACCAGCCAAGAGAGAGGGGGAGAAAGAGCCUCACAUACCUACAGGUGGACUAAGUGGUCUCAGAAAGUCUGACGGAAGAGAGCAGACACAUCAGCCUUGUGGUCAACUCCACUCCCUGCUGCCACAACUUUAUAUAAUCACCAGGACUCUUCCCUCCAUCCGAGUAUACUGAAGAGUGCUCCAGCCUGUAAAGACUUCAUCCUCGCUAUGACUGUGCGAAAAGGAAAACGUUUCGCCAUCUCCAUCCAGGAGCACAUGGCCAUCGACGUAUGCCCCGGCCCAAUCCGCCCCAUCCGCCAAAUCUCUGCCUACUUCCCUCGCCUGUCGCCCACUUCCUCCUUCUCCGAUCCACUUUCGCCCAAUCAGGUGGCAGCUCCCACCGCCCUCAGCCCUGGCGCCGCCGGAGGAGGAGGGAGCAGCAACCUAUUGUCACCGCUGUUACCAGGGGCGGCGGGCGGAGGGGGCUCACUGUCAGCAAUGAGCAGCAUGGACACCUCCAUUGAGAUCGACAGCUGUGACAGCGAUGAUAACACCGCCUUGGGGACGUUAGAGUUUGACCUACUGUAUGAGAGAGCCACCAGCUCCUUACACUGCACAGUCCUGAGAGCAAAGGGUCUGAAACCGAUGGAUUUCAACGGUUUGGCUGAUCCUUAUGUCAAGCUGCACCUGCUGCCGGGAGCCUGCAAGGCCAAUAAACUGAAAACCAAGACCGUUCGCAACACGCUGAACCCUGUGUGGAACGAGACGCUCACCUACUGUGGAAUCACAGAGGAAGACAUGUACCGCAAAACACUCCGGGUGUCUGUGUGCGACGAAGACAAGCUGACACAUAACGAGUUCAUCGGGGAGUCGCGGGUGGCCCUGCGUCGUGUGAAGCUUGACCAGACUAAACACUUCAACAUCUGUCUGGAGCAUCCACCCCCUCUGCCUUCACCGACUGCGAUGAGCACAGCAUUGAGAGGAAUCUCCUGCUACCUGAGAGAGUGGGAGACUGAGCAGCAGAGAAGUCUCGAGGAGAGAGGCCGUUUGCUGCUCUGCCUGCAGUACUUCCCCCCGGCCAGUGAUGGCGAUGUGAAGGGCGAGGCCAAGGAGAGGGCUCGUGGCGGGCUGUGCGUGGGUGUCAAACGCUGCGCCCACCUGGCAGCCAUGGACGUCAACGGCUACUCAGACCCCUAUGUUAAAACGUACCUCAAGCCAGACGUCCAGAAGAAAUCCAAGCACAAAACAGCAGUGAUAAAAAAGACUCUCAACCCGGAGUUUAAUGAGGAGUUCUUCUAUGAAAUUACAUUCUCAGAGUUAGCCACCAAGACGCUGGAGGUCACAGUGUGGGACUACGACCUGGGAAAGUCCAAUGACUUCAUAGGCGGUGUGUCCUUGGGGUGUCACUCACAAGGGGAAACUCUGCAGCACUGGAUAGACUGUCUGAAGAACAAGGGCCAGAAGGUGGAGCGCUGGCACACGCUGACCAACGAGCUGCCUGGAUCCACGCUGCAGGAAUGAACUGAUCCUCUUCCACUGCACGGAUACUGGAGAGACUGCCUGGCGAGAGACGUUUCAUCGCAUGCUCUGAGGAUUGUCUGCAUGUCUACAAUGUCAUAAAUGAGAUCAUUAUUCAUAACAACAUACCCAAAGGGGGGGGGGGUCACACUCAGAGAUCAAUACUAUAAUCUUGGAUCUAAAAAGACCUAAUGCCAAUCUCGGAAACAGUCCUCACCGUAAAGCAUAAUCAUAUUCAUAGGGAUCCAUGUCCCUUUCAUGGAUUCAAUGUCAAUCUAAAUGCCUCUCUGCGCUGCUCCAGACUGGUCUCAAUCUACAAGAAAAACUGAAAUUGUGCAAGAACAUUUAAUGAGGCAGAAAUCUGAAUUCAUGUCAGGUGUACUUCCUGUUUUUACGGGCCGAUAAUUUAUUGUUGUCAACUGCUGACAUUAAAACUCAAUCCCUUAUGACCGUCCAUCUCACAGCACACAUACCUCUCCCUCGCAAUAAUGUUUUGCCUAAUGCUUCCGGAGACCUCCAAGUGGUCUUAAUACUGUCGGACAUUUUGUAUCUAUUGAUCUGAUUGUCAUGGGAUUGCCUGCAGAAAACAAGAGAGAGACUAUUGGUUCUUCUAUGUUGAUGGCUCGUGUCAGUUAUUUGCAUGUUUGGUGUUGAUGGAGCAAAUAUGUGCCAGGCUCUGCUGCAGGACGUUCAUCAUUGUGUUGUUCCCAAUUCUCCUGAGGUGUGCUGCUCUGAUUAACUGAAGAAGAUGUUUUAUUCAAUUCAAGGGUACCAGCUUUUGUUUUUAUGUUGUUUAUUGUGUCAGCGCUAAUAUCACAGUGUCAGUUUCUUGUUGGUGACACGCUGAUGUUGACCUAAUUUUGCUUCGCAAAUCCCCGUUUGGAUGUAGGAGGUGAACAGUGAUGUAAUUAACAGAAAAGUUUCAGAGCAGAGCAGACUGGUUUAUGGAGAGCUGUGCAUGGUCCCACUCUGACACACUGUGAGUGAAAUCAUCAGCCUUUGUUUGAUAUCUAAAUUACAAAUAUGAAUGGCGUAUAGAGCACAGUGUUGUCUGCUGCUGCUUUACUGUGGAUCGCAUUGAUUAAGCUGCAGGCUUUAUCUCAGUCUCAUGUGGUUAAAGAGGCAUGCUGAAAUUACCAGUGGUGUUCAUAUGUAAAUAAUAUAUGUAUUGUGUUUCACUUGCUUUGGGUGUUUGUCUUUUGGAACUGAAAGUGUGCAUGAUUGUUUGGUUUUUUUCAUAAAACGUUCAUAUUGAUA